AACAUGUCUACUAUUCAACGCGCGUCUAAGUUCGCGAUGCCAGCUACGGUCAUUGCUUAUAAAAAUGUCCAAGUAUCCUGUCUAUCAGGAAAUCUUCUUGGAAGCAUCAUCAGCCUCAUCAGUCAUUCAUUCACUACAGUCACUCUUUACUACUCACUCGCAGUCAUUCAUUACCUGCCGUCUUGGCUACCACAUUCAUUUCACACCAACUAUAACACACUCGUUCAUCUAGACAAUAGUCCAAAAAAAAUAAUCACAACUAACCGCCGAGAUGCCUUACUUCAACGUCACCAACACUGCCAAGUUUCUGUCUUGCACUUCGACUGCAUUGACCCCCGUCUUGACUCCAGUCACCAAGACUACUCUGUCUCCUGUGACCCAAACCCACUACACGACCGUCUACGAGACUGUCAUGCCGGCAGCUUGCGAGACAGGCCAGUGGAUGGCUACUUACACCGUCACUGAGACUUGCACUGGCAAGCCUAGCGACUAUGUCCCCUCGGUUAUCCCUCCGGGAUUCGUCGUGACCACCGUGUCUUGCCCCGUCUGCCACCCCGCUACCGCCAUCGAAAUCACUUGCCCGGGUGUUCAGCCCACUGGGUAUCCUACCGUCGGCAUUACUGGCAACGGUGUUACGGCUACCAUCACUGCUACGCCGGCUGGUCACCCUAUGGGCAACCCGGAUGCUUACCCGACCAAAGUUCCCGCUCAUCCUAUGCCUGGUCACCCCAUGCCUGCUGGUCCCGGCGCAUGCUCUGGUCCUGGGCCUUGCCCUGGCGCCGGUCCCAAGCCAGUCCCAGUCCCAGUCCCGUGUGCUGGCCCCGGCUGCCCAGACUCAAACCCCAUGCCAUGCUCUGGACCUGAGUGUCCUCACCCAGGCUCGGGAUACACUCCUGGCGGCAACCCUGGCUCUACUCCAUGCCACGGUCCCGAAUGCCCCAGCACUGGCCCCGGCCCCGUUCCCUGCUCUGGUCCCGGAUGCCCUGCUCCAGCAGGCCCGGGAUCCAUCCCUUGCGCUGGCCCCGGCCCAUGCCCUGGCACUGGUCCCAAGCCGGCCCCGGUUCCUUGUGCUGGUCCUGGGUGCCCCAACUCCAACCCCAAGCCCAUCAUCCCAUGCGCCGGACCCAGCUGCCCUGGUUCAGGUAACAACGGCACCACCAGCACUCCUCCUUAUAUCGUCUCCGGCGCAUCAUCACUCAAGAACGCUUUCGCCGUCGUUACGGGCCUUGUUUUCGUGGCCGGACAUUUCAUCCUCUUGUAAUUCAUUCAUAUUGUUUUUUGAUCUAUGGACGCCGGCGUAAAAUUUAGGCUUAUAUUUCUUGGAUAUGGUUUACUGGUCGG